CUCUGCAGCGGAUGCGUGAGUAAGUGUGCGAGUGCCUGGCAGGUGCCUAGCGUCACUUGCGCUCACAUGCCUGCCCGUCUAGUGCCAGCCUGCCAACGGCUGUGCAUGGAGGUCUCCCAGCAGUUCCUUUGAGGUGGGGAGGCCGGAUUCCACGGCAUCAAAGAAGCGCGGCAGGAGUUUGCAGGGCCGGGUGCUUGUUUUGGCCCAGCUGCUUGGGCGAGGUGGCGUGAAGGAGUUCCCGGCUGCCGAAAGAGCUGACGGGGCAGGGCCGCUCUGUGGGUGGUGGCAGCGGUUGCGUCUCCUCCCCCCACCCCGCGCUUGGGUGCCUGACGGAGCCCACAAAGUUGCCACCGGGGAGAUUUCUAGGGCCCCCUCCGGAGGAAAGAUGGUGAAGGAAACGGGAUACUACGACCUGCUGGGCGUCAAGCCCUGUGCCACGAUGGACGAGAUCAAGCGGGCGUACCGGCGCCUGGCGCUCAGAUACCAUCCGGACAAGAACCCCAGCGAGGGGGAGCGGUUCAAACAGAUCUCGCAGGCCUAUGAGGUCCUCUCGGAUCCCAGCAAGAGGUCCGUCUACGACCGAGGCGGGGAACGGGCCAUGAAAGAGGGCGGCGCAGCCGGGCGGGGCGGCUUUGGGCCCCCAAUGGACAUCUUUGACUUGUUCUUUGGAGGAGGGGGCCGCACGCAGGGCCCCCGGGUGGAGAGGAGAGGUAAAACGGCUGUCCACCUGCUGACCGUCACCCUGGAGGACCUGUACAACGGGGCCACCCGGAAGCUUUCCCUGCAGAAGAACGUCAUCUGCAGGAGCUGUGGGGGCCGUGGUGGCAGGGAGGGCCUUGACGUCCGAUGUCCCAAGUGUCAUGGGACUGGCAUGGAGGUCAUUGUCCACCAGCUGGGGCCCAACAUGGUGCACCACAUCCAGGCCAUGUGCUCGCAGUGCCAGGGCCAAGGGGAAUGGGUGCGGCCCCUCGACCGAUGCCUCGCCUGCAACGGCCGGAAGGUCAUCCGGGAGAAGAAGAUUCUCAAUGUCCACCUGGACAAAGGCAUGGCUGACCGGCAGAAGAUCACCUUCCACCAGGAGGGGGACCAGGCCCCCGGAUUUGAGCCCGGAGACAUCGUGAUCGUUCUGGACCAGAAGCCACACCCGGUCUUCCAGCGCAGCGGCAGUGACCUCAUUGUCCGGCGGGAGGUGCCGCUGGUGGACGCCUUGUGUGGCUGCAAGCAGGUCAUCCGGACCCUGGACAACCGGAGGCUCCUGGUCUCUUCGCGGCCCGGCUGCGUGAUCAAGCCGGGGGACAUCCGGUGCAUCCCAAACGAGGGGAUGCCUGUCUACCGCAGCCCCGGCCAGAAGGGGAGGCUGGUCAUCCACUUCGAGGUGAAAUUCCCGGAGCCCGGCUGGCUGCCCCCCCACCAGCUGCGCCAGUUCCAGACCUUCUUCCCCCGACACGAAGAGGUGAUGGCCACCGAGGACAUGGAGGAGGUGGAGCUGCGGGAGUAUUUCCCCCAGCCGGACUUCUCCAGCCGUCGCUUCCAGAGUGACAUCUACCACGAAGGCGACUUUGAAGACCCUCUGCGCCACAACGUCCAGUGCCAGACCUCGUAGCCCCCCCCCGUGUGGCCUCACAGGGGGUGGGGGAAAGCCCAGGAUGCCUUAAGAAGCACAACUGCCGGUGGAUGUCCAGUCAGAGCAGUCAAGGGUGCAGACAGUCCCUCCUUUGGCCAAAGGUCCCCAACCCUCUGCAGGCUGGCUGCCUCUGAAAAUCCCCGUUUAGCUUAGGGAGUCUUAGCUCCCCCGAGGAUCCCGGCCUAGAAAUCAACUUUAGAGCCUCAGCCGGACGUUUCCCCUUUGUGCCCAACUGCUCUGAGCCUGCCCUCAUUUGCCAGCUUUGGACGAUAAUGCUGGUUUCUCUCUAGGAGACCCCGACUCCAAAGGGAAACAAAACACUCAGGCCCCCCGUCUGCUGCAAGGCAGCAUCCAGGAUUAGUCCUGACCUUGGCUUGUCCGUCUUCUAUGGGCAAGGGGCCCCAGGGGCCGUGGGAACGCGUCCAUCUCCCAGCUGAUUCCUAGGCCUUUUCAAAAUCUAGCCAGGAUGGGGGUCUUGCAGACAAACCAAGUGGCAGCUGACAGGCGGGGAGCUGGACCUCGGCACGUCCUGGGAGCCCCAGCAAGGGAAGCCCCUCUGUUGACACCAGUGGGGGAUCCCUUCAUCUGCCGGUCUGCUGGUGGGUCGGUGGGCUCCCCUUUGCUUUUAAGUGCCUUCCCAGUUGUGCCAUUCAUCCUGGGUGCUGCCCCAUCCUCUUUCCACCAUUGCAUUCGGAAUAAUAGCCGGCCUUUUUCAGGUAGCAUAGUCAGUGUUAGGUGUUAGCAGCCGGGUGGGGGGGGGCUCUCUUGCCCUGAGCCCCCGUCUGGCAUGUGGGGCCAGGCGAGACGAGAGCCGACCCUCCUUGGUUUCCAAACCCAGCAAAGCUUGGUGUCUGCUGAGGAACCUUCGAAAUUCGUUCCCCACUUUUUGCUUUUCCUCUUUUUAUUUUUUUCGCUUCUGCUCUUCUCUGCCUCCUGUCUGCAAAUUGACUGGAAGAAACGUAAAGACGUUUUGAGCGUCUGUGGGAGUCGGACGAGGCCCCGGGUGGCUCUCCGGGCUCUGCAGAACUUAACUUGAAUUUUGCUUCAAGGGAAACAAGGAGAUUCUCUA